AUGUUCUUCAAACCUGCCUUCAUCGUUGCUACCUUCACCCUUGGGGUCAUCGCUACUACGCCUGCUAGCCAGUGCAAUACCGCACCUGUCCAAUGUUGCAACAGUGUAUCCAGCACUGUCACCCCUGCCAUUUCCACUCUCAUGGGCAUUCUGGGCAUUUCUGCGUCCAGUGUUGCUGUGCCCAUCGGUUUGACCUGCGAUCCUCUUAGCGUCGUCGGCGUUGGGAGCGGUGCUACUUGCAAUGCCGAGCCCGUCUGCUGCGAGAACAACAACUUCAAUGGCGUUAUAUCUUUCGGCUGCAGCCCCGUCAAUCUGAAUCUUUGA